UGGUAGUUAGAUUAUAUAAAUCCUUUCACAGAUGACUGAGCUAUGAGCUUUUAAAUUACGAGAAAGGUAAACGCGCCUUAUUAAUUAUCCUCUUUGAUACUCGUUUAUAGCAAACAUUUCAGGAAAGUUUAUUUUGAAUUAUUUGAGAUUAUGUCACACACAGGGCUGGCAAUAAUCAACUCCCUACUUCAUCAUCACCGAGUUCAGCUCACCUGCAAAUCGGUUUCAGAAGCAUCGCUGAGCGAGUUGAGUAACUGGGUAACCAUUUGUGUAGAGAAAACAUCGUCUCAACAUCGUAGUGUCAAGCAAUCAGCAGAUGAGCGCUGAGUGCACAUCAAAUAUUAGAACCCACUGAGAGACGAUUUGUGAGUUGUGAUUUGAUGUGUUUGUACAUCAACACAUUGAAUCAGAUUCUUGUGAGACUGUCUCGCUUGUAUUCCCCAUCCAACAGAGUUGCCAUGGGCGGCCAACGUUCGAAUCGAUGCCAUUUCAAUCCAAUUCUCAAGACAUGUUUUCGUAGGCUGGAAAACGAAUUCGGUUUUAGUAGCCAGUUGUGUUUAGCUCGAGACAUGAAAUUCAAUCGCUACGGAACAUCACGCUACGAUUCGACUUUUGUUUUCGUACAUUAAUGCACGUGCUCGUUUUGAGUACCAGAAAAACAAAACCGAAAAGCUGGGUCGUGUUGGCAGCUCUGUGGUUUAGGCAUACACUCACCGGUGUAGCUCGGUACGGUGAUGCCAAACUCAGUACUCACUUUUUAAAACUAGGAAUGAGAGUUAAAUGCUAUGAAAUCAAAACUGAGAACCAUCAAUACCAUCAUAAUUUGAUGUCAGCGGUGCUCUGUAUAGGUGAGUGUGUUUGCUUAGAUCAGCGAUGAGUUUCAUCUUUACCAUCAUUUUACGGAUUGCAUCGUAAAUCAUGAGGUGAGCUGAUUAAUAGAAAAAAUCGAAUCUUAUGAGCGAGUUUUUGCCACCCUUGGUCACACAACUGAUAAUUUUAUCAUUAAAUUAUGAUCAUAUUACCGAUGGCAUGUAGCAAAAAUUAUGUUGAUUCGUUAGAUACAACAAGAGAUAUCCACGAUCAAAAACUAUUCACUCUCUCAGAGGGUAAAUUUUGAAAAGGCGCCCCAUAGUAAAGUAAGUCGUAUUCACGAAAAAAUUCGAACAAUACUGCACAAAAUUUGGCGAGAGGUGCUCAAUCUCUGUAAUACAAUUAAUUCAAAAUGCGUACGUAUUAGGUUAGGGAUAGUUAUAGGUGGGUAAAUAUUUUAAUAAUAAAUAAAAUAUAUUGUUGAUUUGUAUACUAAAUUUGGCCGCACUGCGUGUGAUAAUUAUUUCUCACAUGAGAUUGGUGCUAACGGGCGACGGUGAGAUAACAAUUAUGGCCCUUCUGGCAACUAGGUUUUCUGAUCACGAUCGAUAAUAUAGCGCUCCCGCUCGCUCCGAUCAGUCAGUAGAAAUUUAACUAGUGAAGCGAGCAGAUCGCACUGUGAACAGUCCCGCAGAAAAGUAAUAAAGUGAAGUUUAAUUUGUUUCAAUGAAGUGUAAUUCGUAUGUUCUGAAAUAAAUUACUUGUUAAACUUGGAAGAGAUUUACUUACCUGUGCUGCAGUGAUCCGAAGUACUUACCUGUGUAGAACUGUUGACCUGAAAGGUAAAAUUACUUGCCUGUUUGUGCGCGAAUCCACUGCUGGUACAUAGCGAUUUUCUGCUGCUGGCUGCUGCUUUUCGGUGCACCGUAAGCAUACCUGUGGAACGGCGAAUAGGGUAAUGUACCAAUUGCUGCUUGUGCUGUUCGGAGAAAUUCUGGUGGCAAAAGAAGAUAAUCGCAACGUAGGGUAAGCGACAUCAUAAUUUGGUGCCGUGACCAGGAUUUUUCGUUACUCGGACCGUUUUUUCUUGACGUCGCCAUUUUGGACGCUGGUUUGAAAGCGAUACUUCAAGUUUUUGGAUCCUGAUUGCUGAUAAUUCAUUAUACAAGGCUCAAUUUAUUGGGCAUCAGGUAAAGAGCUGUCCAAUGCACUCCGCGGGUAUCACAGGUGCCCUUUAGAUGCUUUCUUUUUUUCUUUGCAUGCUUUAACAAUACGAAUUGUUCCUGAUUCGGCCAUUGCUACUAUUCAUUGCGGAGCUUGGCUUGCUUCGAAGCGCCAUUUUGCUGUUGAACAAUUGGACCAUUGUUACCCGUGGCGUCCCAAGUUGCGGCGUGAAUCACUCCAGUUACACGUGGCCUGUUUUCUAUUGUUGCUGUGGUGUACCUGUUUGUUGGCCAUUCCAGUUACCAUCGGACGAUUUUGGGAGCUAUUUCUGCCUUUAUGGUUUUGUGCUCAUUCCUGCUUGAGUGUUGCGCGUGAGUCGGCAGUUUCGGAGGAUUUUGGCUCGGUUGGUGUUGCGGCAGGUUCCAGUUGGCUGUAUAUAAUACAAGGCAUUGCUUGCCUUGGAACAGUAUUCAACGUUCUGCUUCAUACAAUGGCGGAGGAGCAUUCCAGAAACCAGCUGCUUCACCGACGAGAAACUCUUCUGGCUGCUCCGGGUCGGGCAGAGGAUUUUGAUGCAGCAUACGAUGCACAUCGUGAUCAGGGUCAGGUAUCAUUGAGGCUGGAAUACCUGAACGGAGUAUGGAGCAACCUCGAGUCGGUACAGGCACAGCUUGAGGACAUCGAGAUUACCGAUGAAGGUAGGACAGAGCAUGCAGCUGUUCGAGCUGAAUUUGAACCACGUCUCUUUACAAUAAAGGCAAGUCUAAUGUCAAAACUUUCUCCUAUUCCUAAUGAUCGUAGCCCUGUACCCCCUCACGUUUCUUCCACUCUCUCUGGUAUCAAGUUGCCAACGAUUUCUUUGCCCGAAUUCGAUGGAGAUUAUAUGCAAUGGCUUGCAUUCCACGAUACAUUCUUGGCGCUUAUCCAUUCUAAUCCGGAUGUCCCGGAUAUUCAGAAAUUUCAUUAUCUGCGGGCGGCUAUCAAGGGCGAAGCUGCUCAAUUGAUUGAAUCCAUUGGAAUUAGUUCUGCCAACUACCUGCUAGCUUGGCAAACGUUGGAAAAUCGAUAUUCGAAUGAUUACCUUUUACGGAAACGUCAUCUUCAGGCACUCUUCGACAUUCCACGCAUGAAGAAGGAGUCCGCUGCCUCGUUACACGGACUAGUUGAUGAGUUCGAGCGGCAUACAAAGAUUUUGCAUCAACUGGGAGAGCCUACCGAUACUUGGAGCAGCAUUCUGGAGCAUCUACUGUGUAUGCGCUUACACGACGACACGUUGAAGGCGUGGGAGGAUCAUGCGUCGACCGUAGCGAACCCGGACUACGCCUGCAUCAUUGAUUUCCUGCAACGAAGAACUCGGGUGCUGGAAUCAAUCUCCGUCAACCACCACUCAACAGAAUCAGCUUCAAGUUCUGGCAGUUCAUCUCAUACACUGAAAAGGAACCAUUUCCAUUCACAGUUUCGCCUUACUUCGUGUGCCUCUACUGCUGGUUCUGGGGAAAAGUGCAUUGCUUGUAGCCAAUCGCAUUCCUUAGUGAAAUGCCAGAAAUUUAUUCGUUUAUCAACAAAUGAACUUCAACAGUUUGUCAUUUCGAAACGCUUAUGCCACAACUGCUUGAAAAUUGGUCAUUUUGUUCGCAAUUGUCCCUCCAAAUUCAGCUGUCGUAAGUGCAACAGUCGUCAUCACACGCUUCUGCAUUUCGGUCAGCCAGACAGUUCUCCAAGAAGCAAUAGGGAAGGAAUUUCGUCUAGCGCAAGUGCUACCGCCUCUGGUACGCCAUCUAGUGGGCCUUCUACGAGUGAAUUGUCUACACAGUUAACUGUUGCCGCUACUGAAGAUACACCAGUGAUCGAAGUCAGUUCUACUCUUCAGUAUCCCCGAGAAGAUGUCUUUCUGCUUACCGUCGUCGUUAAGGUCGUUGACGCUUUCGGUGUUGAACAUCUAGCUCGUGCGCUUUUGGAUAGUGCGUCUCAGCCGAAUCUCAUCACGAAUCCUAUGACACAAAUUCUGCGUUUACGGAGACAGCAUGUGAACAUCACCGUUCAGGGAGCUGGUAAGCUGUCCAAACCAGUACGUGAAUCGGUUUUCGCUCAAGUAUUUUCAAGAAAGGGAGACUUCUCGUGUGGUGUGAAUUUCCUAGUGAUGGAAAAUGUUACGGCCAAUCUCCCUUCGCAAAAUAUCUCGACCGAGGGAUGGAAGAUACCGAAGGAACUGUUUCUAGCAGACCCCGCUUUCAACAAAAGUCAACCGAUCGAUAUGGUUCUGGGUGCUCGACACUUCUAUUCAUUCUUUCCCAGCGCUGCACGCAUUCAGCUUGACAGUAACCUUCCGCUUUUGGUUGACAGUGUCUUUGGCUGGAUCAUUGCGGGUUCUGCUAUCUCGUAUUCCAACGAUCAGAUUACUACUUCAUCCACUUCGUGCGAUGCAGCCGUUGUUUCAAUGAUUUCACUGGAAGAUUGUCUGGAAAAGUUUUGGAAGACCGAAGAACUGGCAAACAACGAUAGUUAUUCAAUAGAGGAACGGCAUUGCGAGUCAUUGUAUCAGUCUACCGUAUCUAGGAACCCCGAAGGCCGGUAUGUAGUUCGCUACCCCCGGAAACCCGAUUUCGAUGCAAUGUUAGGCGAAUCCCGAAGCAACGCUCAACGACGUUUCGAGUACCUGGAAAAGCGUUUGGAACGAAAUCCGCAUCUAAGAGACGAUUAUCAUCAGUUUAUGCGAGAGCAUCUCGCCCUCGGCCACAUGCGACUGGUCGUAAAGGACGACGAACGAAACUCUCAAGUCUACUAUCUACCUCACCAUCCCGUAAUUAAGGAAGCAAGUUCUACGACUAAGCUCAGAGUCGUGUUUGACGGAUCUGCGAAGACUUCUACCGGCUUCUCUCUCAACGAAGCUCUUUGCGUCGGCCCUGUGGUGCAGGAAGAUUUGCUGAACAUCAUCUUGCGGUUUCGAACUUUUCCUAUCGCUCUCGUCGGAGAUAUUGCUAAAAUGUACAGACAGGUACUGGUACAUUCGGACGACACUCCGCUGCAGCGUAUUUUGUGGCGAUUCUCAAAACAGUGUCCAGUACAGACUUACGAACUCCUGACUGUUACCUACGGCUUAGGACCAUCCUCGUUCCUAGCAACCCGGACUCUUCACCAGUUGGCAGAUGAUAAAGGUGACCAACAUUCUGUUGGAAGUCAGGCAUUAAGAAAAGGUUUCUACGUUGACGAUUUCAUCGGUGGAGCUGAAACUGUUGAAGAAGCUAUUCUUCUACGAUCAGAAUUGAAUGAUUUAUUGCAAAAGGGAGGAUUCGAACUUCGGAAAUGGACAUCUAACCGGCUAGAAGUCCUGAAAGGUCUCAACGAUGACCAGAUUGGCACGCAAUCCACAUUGCACUUUAGUCCCCACGAAACCAUCAAAGCGCUUGGAAUAAGUUGGGAGCCUGAAGCAGAUUGCCUUCGCUUUGAUUCGCAGAUUCGAACAAAUCCUGUUCUACCAACUAAAAGGUCUAUUCUUUCAGACAUCGCUAAGUUGUUUGAUCCUCUCGGACUCAUCGCACCCGUCAUUGUAAGGGCAAAGAUCUUAAUGCAAGAGCUAUGGUUGCUGUCCUGUGGUUGGGAUGAUCCAGUUCCUGAACCAAUAAAAUCAAAAUGGGAAAAUUACCACCGAGAAUUGACAAAAAUAAGCAAACAUCGGAUCGACAGAUAUGCGCUACUUCCCGGUUCCGAUAUUCAAUUGCAUACUUUCGCAGAUGCUUCCCAAGCAGCAUAUGGAGCAUGCACGUACGCUCGCUGUGUGAACAGCCAAGGAAUAGUUCGAAUUCAGCUUCUGGCAUCGAAAUCCCGAGUAGCCCCGUUGAAACGAAUUACCAUCGCCCGUUUGGAACUGUGCGCAGCCGUACUUGCGGCUCAUUUACACGCCCGGAUUAAAAAUGCUAUUGACGUUGAUGUUCGUACUUCUUAUUUCUGGUCAGAUUCGGCAGUAACUCUGCAGUGGCUGCAAUCACCCCCGAACGUUUGGCCCACUUUCGUUGCCAAUCGGGUCUCGGAAAUACAACAGUUCACGCACGGUUGCCAGUGGAAGCACGUUUCCGGAAUUGAAAACCCUGCCGAUUUGGUUUCCCGUGGUAUGUCGGUCGACGAUUUUCUCAAAAGCGCUUUAUGGAAAUGCGGUCCAAGUUGGUUGCCUUCGCCACCGCAAGAUUGGCCAAUUUCGGUUCCACUUGGCGUGACCGCGGACGACCUGGAGUUAAAAACUACCGUAGCCGUAACUCAAACAACUUCAACUAUUCACCCAUGGUUUUUACGCUGGUCUUCCUACAGUCGGCUUCUUCACGUCAUCGGAUACUGCUUGCGAUUCAUCGCCAACACUCGUUCGAAGUCACGAACUCAGCCUUCACAAUCAUCUUCGUCCUUAGGCCAAUCACUAACUGUUGCAGAACUUGCCAAAUCCAAAACAGUCCUCACUCGACUCGCUCAGCAUGAUGGAUAUGCUGCUGAAAUCAGACAGCUGGAAAAGGGAAACUCUGUAUCGAAACAAUAA